GUCCUGCAAAUCACUAUGGAAUAAACUGUGCUAAAUGUAGGAAGGCAUGUGUUUCCUGCAAUCCUAUAUCUGGGGUAUGUAAUCAAUGCAGAGGAUCUUUGUAUUGUGAUUAUUGUCAGCAUCGGUGUCCAUCAACCUGCACCACGAUGAAAUGUGACCAACAAACCGGACGUUGUCAUAUUUGUAGAGAAGGUUACAAUGGAAGUCACUGUGAAUUUCAAAACCCGACCACCUAUAACAAAACUGAAGUAGUUACCAUCAGUGCAGAUUCUAAGAGGAGCAAGUCUAGUACUGCUUUGACGGAUGUUUUCAUAGAAGAUAAUAAAGUUUCAAAAGAUAGAAAUAAUGAAGGAGACCGAGAUCAAAAACCCAAUCCUGUUGGUGACAAUGAGUGCAAUGCUUGUUUUAUUACUAGUGGUUGUCGUGAUUCUCUUCGUUUCAAGAUCAAAGAAAGAAAAGAAAAGUCACCCUCCAAAGAAUCUUCCGAGAUCGGAGUCGAAUAAUGAGUCCGAGUUAGAGGAGAUUCCUCAAGACGAGGCUGGAUAUGUCGAUGAAGAAGUUAUUGUCGUAGAUUACAGUAAUCUGACGUCACAAAGGAUCUCAAUAAAGCAGUUUAUCAAGGAGUUGCCAGAGAGAG